UACAAUCUACAGUGAAUUCAGGCUUCAAGUUUAAACCCUCCAUAUGUUGACCAGGUUAAAGGUGCAGGAAUUUUGAACAGGAAUAUUUAACUACAGAGCUAUCCCAGGAUCUCUACUAAUCAGCUCGAUAUCUGCUUAAACACCUUAACAACAUUAUUCAAAGAAAACAGUAAAGAUAAAAAAGGCUUCAAGACUACCAAGAUAAGAUGCAAUUAUGCUUACAAUAUUAAUAUUUAGCUUAGUGUUUGCAUACAACAAUCCCGGCAUAAAAGACCCCAGAGGCUACAGAUGUCAGGUGGAAAGUGCCUCAGAAACACCUGGCAGCGAAAGGAGCCUGAACGUCUCCGUGCAAGACCCUUGGAUAGCAGCAACCAAGGGAAAGUUCAGCAGAACCCAGAAAGUCAUCCCUCUGGAAUGCUUUAGUCUUCGAAGAUCUGUGCAGGUAAAUCUGCUGUAUUUGGACAAGAUGGAUGGAGAUUUGACGAACCAGACAGUGGAGAAAUGUACCCUGCGGAGCCUCAGAGUCGCCACCAGCGCAGGCAGGAACGCUGCUGUCGGCCACACCUGCGUCCUCCUAACACACCACAGAAGAAAGUUUCAGAGAAAAUUUGUUCAUAGAGAAAAAGUGUUUCUGGCAAGGACAUCAAACUAUGUUACAAGAGCAAAGCUGCCCAAGGUGAAAGCUUUUGCAGAGGGUUCAACUGUCCUGCGUGCACACCAAGAAAACCAGACUUUAGAGGAGGGAAUUUCAUCCACAAAUGGCAAAGACAUGCCGAACAGACAAAAACUCAGUAUCAUCGGGAAAGCGUUCAUCAUUUUCGUUGUGUUAGCCUUUGCAAUAUUCUGUAGCAUGUUUGUUGUAUUUGGAAUUCCCUGCCUGUGUUUGUGUCCUGUCUGGAUCAGCAGCAUCUGGAGCAGCAGGAGAAGCCCGUCUGCAGCCUCUGGCCCAGGGCGCGAGGAAACAGCAACACUUAAAACCCCGUUUCUGAAGGACACCGAACAGAAGCCACUGGACAAUUUUGUCUGACUCUCAGCUUCCCUUCCCCAGACCGACGCAGAAUAGCAAGACCCUUACAUGAAAAGAUCCAAAAUCACUGUCACCCAUGAAACCUACCCAUGCAAAGCUGCACAGCUCAGAGGAGCACCCUUUUCACCUGCAAAGAUGCAUCACCUUUCCCUCACCACUCACUGGAAACAGCAGAAAUAAACUUUUGAGAAGACACUCAAUGCCAAUUCCUUCUAUUAACUAACCAGAUUCCUAUUUUAAUUC